AUGCUGCUAUUAAUUAAAAGAAAGAAAAAACAACAGAAGGGCCGUCUUUUUCAUCUACUUGCUUCGCCAUUGUCCAUAGAUGCAGUAUCGUCUCCAUUCCCUUCUACCCCUCAAUGGAACUACGACAGACGUUUCCUCACCGGCCAAUUUCACCAGGACUCAAAGGGACAUUCAGUGGAUAUAGGUUUGGAAUCUGAGAAGCUGAUAGGUUGCUACAAUGCUUCUGUUCAGGAACUAAUUGUAAUUGAUGAUCUUCUAUCUGGUUUAGUUGGGAUUGAGGGGCGAUAUAUUUCUAUCAAUAGAGUUGGAGGGAAUGAUGACUCUUUUAUCUUCAAUGUUGAUGGAUCUAUGGAUUUGGCACUUCAGGUGCCUGCAUUGGAGAAUUCAAAAUUGAUGAACUUUGGGUCGAAUGAUCACUAUCUUGAAUGCAUUAAAUCUGCUUAUGAUUUUGCAAGUGGCGAAUUACUAAAUCUCAUGAAGGACAAGUAUGACCUCAUUGGAAAGCUGCGUUCUAUUAAGCAUUAUCUUCUUCUGGAUCAGGGUGAUUUCUUGGUUCAUUUUAUGGAUAUUGCACGUGAUGAACUUGAUAAAACACCAAAUGAGAUCUCUGUUGAGAAGCUUCAGUCUCUGUUGGACCUUGCACUGCGUUCGACAGCAGCUGCAGCAGAUCCUUUGCAUGAAGAUGUCACAUGUUCUGUGGACACAGGUUCUUUGUUAAAGAGACUGAGCAUUCUGAAAGAUCUUCAAACAGGUGGUGGUGGUGGUGAGAUAGUUUCAGAGGCUGUAGAAGAAGAGCCCUUUGAUCACUGACAGCUUUGUGCAGCUUGGCAACUACAUCAAGGUGCACGUGCACGUGAUAUGCAUGGAACUGCAAUCUCUACAUCAUCAAUACUAUGCAGGAAUAUGCUUAAAUUUAUCAAUAGCCUUCUUCAUUAUCUAACCUUUGAGGUUCUUGAACCAAAUUGGCAUGUUAUGCACAAUAAACUUGAGAAUGCAAAGAGCAUAGAUGAGGUAAUUCAAUAUCAUGACUUUUUCAUGGAGAAGUGUCUCAAGGAAUGUUCACUUCUUUCUCCAAUCCUCCUCAAGAAAUUUGAGAAACUGAAACUUGUAUGCCUUCAAUAUGCUUCUGCAACUCAGUGGCUAAUGAGCUCCAUUGAAGCUCCUGAUUCAAACAGUUCCUUUGAUGAUUUGGAUUCAUCUUCCUUGGAAAAUGUAAAGGUUUUGAAGCUAAGAAAGCCUUCCAAAAAACCAAAUUCACCCACAGAUGAGUCUACAGUCAUCGAAUGUAUCCUGAAAUUUGAGAGGGAGUUUAGUAGUGAGCUGGAGAGUUUAAGGCCGAUAUUGAGCAGCAGGGCACAGGCAGAACCAUAUUUGACUCAUCUUGCACAGUUAAUUCUUGGUGUUGGUAUGGAUCACCACAUCUAGAUUUUUGUAUUUUUUUUCUUCAAUUUUACAGUUUGCUUGUUGGUUGUAUUGGUUUUUUUUUUUUUUUUUUUUUUUUGUAUAUAUCUGUUUUGGAAUGAGUGUUUUUGCUUGCAUGAUGAACCACUUGUGUAGAUUUCAUAGUAGUAAAACAUGGAUCAUCUGGAUUUGAUUUUAGCCAAAUACAAUUUGUUUCUUGUUAUUAAAAUGAUAUGGAGUUUUUAUUGAUUGAAAGUAUAUGUCAUGCC